UCUUAAUCUGCUCUCUCUCUUUUAGUUGUUGAAAUCAAUACUAGUGUGAUCAACAAUGUCUACUGAACUCUAUUGCUCUAAUAUUCAUUCUCAUUCCAACACUUUUUUCAUUAACGCUUCUCUUCCAAGUAGCAAAAUGCAAAACAUAUCAAGUGAAAGAGGCGAACCACUAUUGAAGAAAUUGAUGAGAAAGAAGGCACAAAUUCAUGAAAAUGCAAUAAAAAGCAAACCAUUUAAGAAUUUCAAUAAGAAACCUUUCAUUUCAGCUGAAAUUCAAGAUGCAAAAGAACUUUUAAAAGAAAACAAAUGCAAAUCAACUAAUACACAUUCUAAUAAGAAGAUGUGUUAUUGUUCACCGACAACUCAUGAAGGUUCAUUCAAGUGUAGUACAACAACAAAAUCAACAACUGAGAAGAACAAUGUGAUGAAAUGUUCAAAAUUUAAACCUCAGUUGUCAAGGUUUGGUAGAGUUGCUAAUUCUGCUGAAGUUGGAUCACAUAAUAGCUUAAUUCAACCAUCUGGGUUGGAAUCUUUUUAGAAAAAAUAGCUUAUUUGCAUUUUGCAAGUUGUGUAGGUUAUAUUUUUUUGGUCUAUAUGAAAUAUGGAAAUAGUUAAAGUUGGUUUAAUAGAAUCUUCAUUUAAUUUUAAUUUUUUUUUUACUAUUUUUGUAUAUAGAUUUGAUUUGAAAUGGAUACAGUUUUCUAUGAAUCCCUACGAUGUUACGGGUUAGGAAGAAUUUGGAACAUAAAUGUUUACUUUUAUUUUUUUUUUUUUAUCUUUUGCUUUGUAUUUUAGUAGGAGCUAAUAGUUAAUUUCAA